AUGGCGCCAUUCCUUGGAGAUGUCGCCUUCGAAGUUAUUAUCUCUUUCGAAGAGCUAAUCAGAAUGUGGCGACCGUACAACGGAGGACCUUCUGUCGCAUCCCAACUUCCGAGUCUCAAAAGCGAUCUAUUCCGGUUGAAGACGUGGCAAGCCGACUUCACCACUCGCGAUGUCACUGAGUUGGACGGAGGAUAUCUAGACCACCAUCUGCGCACCGCACCGCAUAUUCAACGCCAACUCCUCAAAUUACUGAACGGCCUAAAAGAGUCAAUAGGCGAUGCAGAAAAGAUCCUUACUGGACAGAUAGUCCCAUGGGAUAAGCUGAGCUACCAAGAAAACACCUCGGGCGAUUCUAUGACGGAACCACAAACGGAACUCCAACAGAUAGCGACGGGAAUCCGUGGACUGAUCGAUUGCUUGUUAAGACUCCGUGUCGCGACCGGAGACCCCGCUCCUCACAACCGUAUCAUGUCUGCAAAACUGAGACGAGAACCAGAAGACUAUAGCCUUUAUGUCAAUUUCUUUCAAGAGACAUGGGAUAAAAUCGAAGAGUUUUUAGCCGACCGCCUGGGCAAGUCAGUGUUCCAAAGACGAGAAACACUGAGACAAAGAGCCUAUGAUCGAACAUCAACAAAUUCGAGUCUACCUCUCAACGAGCAACUCUCCGGCUCAUUGAUCAACGAUUUCAAGCGGAUAACAAGUCCAGACGAGGAAUCCACUUUGUACGAAGGGACUCGCGAUAUCUUACUGGGCAUCGUGGCCCAGGUGGAGAGUGUGCUUCUCAAGUCGACAUCAGAUGAAUUCCAGUGCCCAUAUUGCAAUAUGACGCUGAUACUCAGCCACAGUGACCAAGAUAAGUGGAUGUAA